UUUUCUUCAAAAAAAUUCUGGAAAUUUGACUGAAAAUGAUUAUUCUAAAUUGGCUACCACUCUCCUCUCAACACUUCCAAAAUUCAUUUUCUGCUUGUCUAAAAGAAGCCAUAAGAAAAUUUCUGGACGAAGAAGAAUCAAACUUGCCAACCCUCCCAACAGUUUUGGCACAACUUUUGGUUAACAAAUGGCCCCGAAAAUUUAAUAGAGCUUUGGAAAGUUCAAAUUUGGUUUUGUUUACAAUAUUUAAUACAAUAAUUGGCUGGAUUGGAUUUUUGAAUGAAAUUUGCAAGAAAAAUAAUGAAUUAGAAGAGAAUAAUGAAAUUGAUAAAAAUUUAUUUUUAAAAUGUGUAGAAGGAUUAGCCACUUUUUGCGAUUCCGGUCAAAAAUCUUUAUGGUUAAACAGUCCAGAAUUAUUUGAUGAUAUUUACAAUGUUUGUUUUGAAUUGUUGGUUAAUGAUUUAAAUAAUAUUGUUAUUCCGAGGUUUUUUCUAAAUUUUUUUCCUAAAGAGGAGGGGGUUGGUUAA